CGUUCGACUGCUUUCUCAGACACAUCGUGGGAAUCGAGCGACAGGAGUGAGAGUGAGGGCUGUUGUCAACACAAAUGCUUCAAUAAAAGUACUUGUCUUCACAUCUGUUGCAAGAAAGGCUUGAACACAGAUACCGCUCAUAGCAAACAGGUCACAAAAAAUAAAAGGCAACAAAAUGCAGGCGAAAAGACUGACAACUCGGCAAAAAAGGCCAAACAAUGCAAACCUAACUCUAAUUUAGACAAUUGGCUCAAAACGGCUCAAUCCAAGAAUGCUAGCGAUAGUGGCAAUAGUGGCCAACAAACUGCUCCCAACACUUCCAACACAUCUAAUGCUAUGACUAAAAGCCAAUACUUUACAGAUAAUAAAUAUGCAGACAUUGAGAGUGAGGACAUCGAAGACACUAAUUCCACAUUUAAUGAUAGUUUUGAUGAUUUGAUGUGCAAUUUGGAGGAUAGUAUUGAUGUUAAGCCAAAAGUAGAAUCAAUGGAUAAACCCGUGGACAUGGAGUUCGACAGACAAUUAGACGCAAUGUUCUCCUGCACUGAAGACUUUCAAGACUUUUCAGAAGCCAUUGAAGUGAAGUGUGAGCCCAUAGAGCCCAGCAGUGGUGGUGAGCGGACAGACUUCCUCAUGAGUCAGUGGUCGCUAUUCAUACCAAACAUUGAUUUAAAGGGCAAAACAUUUCUCAGACACAAC